AUGAUAUAUAUCUUCAUUCUUAUAAUAACAAUUGCGCAAUUAAAAGUAUGGACAGAAUGUAAGUUCAAGUAUGUUAGCAAUACAGAGCUAUUAGUAGAGAGGGUUAAAAGGGGGAAAGAGGCAUUCGAAGAUGUGCUGAAGGCAAAAAAAAAGGCAGAAAUUGAAUAUGAAGAAAAGAAAAAAAAAAGAAGAAGACAUGGUAGAAAUGAGAAAAAUGAAAAAAAUGAAGAAUGGGAUGAAAAGGAGGAUAGUACAUAUGUAAAAGAAAUAAAAUGUUACGAAUACGUACUAGACCAGCUAAACAACUUAAACGUGUAUAACUGCAAUGAAAUAAAUGAAAAUAAUAAAUCCCUAUUGGCCUUAGCAAAAACGAAAUGCAUUUUUGUAAAAUCGGUAAGAAGUUUUCCUGACGAAAAAUCGGGUUGUAUAUUAAACCCAAAGAAGUUGAAUAAAUUACAAAUAUAUUUAUAUAACAACAAUUUGUUUGAUCAAUUUAGAAAUGAAAAUUUUUAUAAAAUGUUAAACCUAGAUGAGUUAAGGAAAAUUGAAAAAACAAAAAAUCCAUGUCUUAAUGAUAUUGAAAAUGAUGAUAAUAAAUAUGAGAGUGUCUCAAAUGACGUUUUUUCUUCAAGUUCUAAAAGGAAUCAUAUAUAUUCUAGCACUGAUAACAAUUUCAACAAUAGUUACAAAAUUACCUCUGAAGAAGAUGUGACACGUGAAGAUAUCUAUUUAAAAAACAUUUUAUGUGAAAAUUUAAAAUACAAAAUUGUAACGAAUUGUACUACCAGUGACAGAAUGUCUGAUACUGCCUUUCAGAUUUAUCACUCCGAGCUAAACCACAUCGAUGAUAUUUGCUUUUACAUACAGUCAUCAGAAUGGAAUAGACGAACUGAUGAAAAUAUUAAUAGACUCGCGGAGACCUCAGUAAACAUAACCAGGCAGAUGACUACCAAUUUAGAAAACAUGAAGUUAAUAGAACAUGCACAAGUCAAGCAAAUAGAAAAUACAAAUAGAUUUGAUAGUUUUUUAAAAGGACUUAAAAAUGAUUUUAGUGAGGUUAUACAUAUUUUAAUAAAAAUAAAGAAUCACCAUGAGUCUAUCACUAAAUUUGUUACAGGAUUUAAGAUGCUUGUAAUAUACUUGUUGAUACUACUACUGGUUCUUCUUAUUACAUCCCGAAGUUAUGCGUCCAGUGGUCGAAGAAAAAUUAUAUCUUGUGUGUUUUUUUGCUGCUUUACGGAACUGAUUUUCAAAAAGAUUGUUACUUUGAUUAGGAAAUAUGCAUUUCUGAAAAUCAGCGAUAAUUUAGUCGAUUAUUCAUUAAAGGGGAUUAGAUAUACAUUUGUUUUAAUUGGCAUUAAAAUAUUAAUGACUACUAUAAUAACUUACAAAGAGCCAGUAAAAAUAAUCGAGGAAGAAUUAAGAUACAUAAAAAAACUUGUUGAAAAAAAUGACCAACAUCAAAACCGCUUUAGGGAGAUAAAAAGACAAAACGAACAAAUACAUCAUACUGUGGACCAUGAAACGGUUAAUGUUCUAAAUUUAUGGUUAAAUUACAAUGAUUAUCUUGAUUCAAUAUAUUUGGAGGAUGAAGAUUUCAGCAUAGGCUCUGACAGUGAUGUGGAGUUUAGCAGCUCAGACACUUCACUAGUUAGCGAGGAUAUUCAACCCAAAGAAAUCGAAGAAUUAAAUGAAGAUGCCAUCGGAAUGAGAAUAAAAUCACUGCAUAGAAAACAUCGCCCCAUUUUUUUCCAUUACUUCCCUUCGCCAACAAAUGUUAAGGCGUACACGGAAAGCCCCAUAUCCUUUACCAAUGUCAUAGAGCACAAUCACAACGUAAUGACGCGCUUGCGGGAAGAAAGAAUGCGUGAUUUUGGUUACAGGGAAUAUGGAAGUGAUCAUAGCAGUUGUCAUAGGGACGAACAUAACAUCGACGUGAACAGUAAAACUAAACUUCUCGAGAGUGAUAAAGAAAAAGAGACUUGUAGUUUAUAUGACUUAGAAGAAGAUGCGAUGGUACAUAAGUUUUUCUCAUUGGAUAAUACCUAA